AUGUUACAAACAGCUGCUCGCGAAUCGCUCUUUCGGAAUCAUGCGAAACACGAGCAGGAAUCUAAAAUUCUACGUCCUCGCGAGGCAGGACUUCAGGGCAAACGUACGCAGAUCACGCGACCACUUCGUCACAAGGUAAACGUAUGUUCGAAACGAAGCAAAAGCGACAAGGAUCUGGCCAAAUCAUUCGCUGAAACGUUCGCAUACGUCGUUCGUCAAACGAAGAUGGACGUCGACCAGAAGAUGAAGGAACUGAAGGAUUUGUUUGCGAAAACCGGCGAUGAACUGUCUGAACUGGUGAGGAACAACGAAAAAUUUGUAAAAAGGGAAAUGCAGAAGGUCGAGGAAGCCAUUCGAAGGACCAGCGAGGUGUGCGCCGCGGGGAAGAUGGACCGUCUGCGAGACAUCGAAGGCGCCUACGACGAGGGGAUAAAAAUCUGCAAUGAAAAGGCGGCGAGCGCGCUUCGCGCAGCGAGGACGACGUGCGAUCAACGGAUUCAAGAGGCGGACGCGUUGAGGAGUACGAUGAAACAGGUCCUGAAAGAGUGUCUGCGGACGAACGAUUUCGUCAAGUGCAUCGCGAGCGAGACGAGGCAGGCUGUGAAACAGCGAAAGCGGAUCUCGAACGAGCUGAACGAAACGAUGAAGAGCGCGGAGGCAUCGGUCGCCGAACAGCUCGAACAGGCGGUGAAAUGUCACGCGAACGCUCAGGCGGAAGCUCUCCGGAAAUUGCAGAAAAUUCUGAAGGACACGAAGGACUGUGUCAAGUAAAUAUACACCGUAAUGUCGCGAAGACUGAUUUCUAGACUCUGCAAGCGUUCAUACAGAUGAUCUCACAAAUACUAAAUACAUAGAAAAUCAUUUUGUCUAUUAAACGCUGUAAGAAGCAUUCUACUUUGCAAGUAUUUUUAUACACAUUUUUUUUUUUUUUUCAAAUUACGUGCAGUUUUCAAUAA